UACAGUAUCACGUACCUCCCUCCCUUCCUUCCUGCGGUGGGCAGGGUCGCUUGUGUUGACAAACAUUAUUCUUUCACUAGGGCGUAGGAGAAUUCGUUUUGAACAUUUAGGAAUACACAAGGAAGAAUUAAUAUUUUGUAUUAAAUGCAAGUAUGGGUUGCUGCCUGACUGUUGGACCGAAUGAAGCGCUCGUAGUAUCAGGUGCCUGUUGUGGGGCUGAUGCGAAGACCUAUGUGGUGGGCGGCUGGGCGUGGGCAUGGUGGCUUAUAUCAGACACUCAAAGAAUUACACUAGAAAUUAUGACACUGCAGCCCAAAUGUGAAGAUGUGGAGACAGCAGAGGGAGUCGCCAUCACAGUUACAGGAGUUGCUCAAAUCAAGGUUAUGACCGACCAGGACUUGUUGGCUGUUGCCUGUGAGCAAUUUCUGGGAAAGUCUGUCAUGGAAAUCAAGGCUGUCGUCCUUCAAACCCUGGAGGGACAUUUACGUUCAAUCUUAGGCACCUUAACCGUGGAGCAGAUUUAUCAGGACAGAGAUCAGUUUGCCCAGCUGGUGAGGGAGGUAGCAGCUCCUGAUGUGGGUCGGAUGGGCAUUGAGAUCCUCAGCUUCACUAUUAAAGAUGUCUAUGAUAAACUGGACUACCUGAGCUCUCUUGGCAAAACGCAAACAGCAGCUGUUCAAAGGGACGCAGACAUCGGAGUGGCCGAGGCAGAGAGGGAUGCUGGGAUCAGAGAAGCGGAGUGCAAGAAAGAGAUGAUGGAUGUCAAGUUCUUGGCAGACACUAAAAUGGCUGACUCUAAGCGAGAGCUUGAGCUACAGAAGGCCUCUUUCAAUCAAGAAGUAAACACCAAGAAAGCAGAGUCUCAGCUGGCCUAUGAACUGCAGGCUGCUAAAGAGCAGCAGAAGAUCCGACUGGAGGAGAUCGAGAUCGAAGUGGUGCAAAGGAAAAAGCAGAUCUCCAUCGAGGAGAAAGAGAUUCAAAGAACGGAGAUGGAGCUGAUCGCAACGGUCAAGCGUCCUGCCGAGGCUGAAGCUUAUAAGAUGCAGCAGCUGGCUGAAGGACAGAAGAUGAAGAAAGUGCUGAAUGCCCAGGCAGAGGCCGAGAAGAUCAAGAAGGUCGGUGAGGCAGAGGCCAUCUCCAUCUCAUUCGUAGGGAAGGCCGAGGCAGAGAGAAUGAGACUGAAGGCUGAGGCCUACCAGCAGUAUGGAGAAGCUGCCCAAACAGCCCUUGUUCUGGAAGCACUGCCUAAGAUCGCUAGUAAGGUGGCGGCUCCUCUGGCGAGGACCAAUGAGAUUGUUAUUCUCAGUGGGGAGGGCAGCCGCGUGACCGGAGAGGUGAACCGGCUGCUCGCCGAGCUGCCCGUGUCCGUUAAGGCGCUCACAGGCGUGGACCUGUCCAAGGUUCCUCUGUUGCAGAAGAUCACAGGUGCUCAAGCAUGAAGGCAAUCCAUCCCAUCUCCUCCAUGAUCUGUUGUAUGCACUCACUGAAACUGCCUUUAGAAUACUUGGAAGAUCUUUUUUUUUUUAAUGACAACAAACGAAAACAAAACAAAAAACAAUUGAAUAAUAAUUAUAAUUCAUUACAUUUAUAUUACGCUUUUUCUGGGUACUCAAAGCGCUUAACAUCGGAGGGGGGAAUCUCCUCAACCACCACCAAUGUACAGCAUCCACCUGGAUGAUGCUACAGCAGCCAUAUUGCGCCAGAACGCCCACCACACAAACCAGUUUAUUGGUGGAGAAUAGAUUUUCAAUACCUCUGGUGCCUUAAUGUUUUUUAGGACCAGACUAUCUGCAUGCACUGCUGCUCUCACAUUCCACAGUUGACUUUAUUUUUACAGCAUUUGCCUUUUAGUGCAUCUUUCAAAGGCCAUAAGAACAUAAGGUAUUGUUUUUUGUUUUGUUUAUCUUUGUAGUGUCAUCGCACCAAGUGACAUUUGAACCCAAUACACUUUUUAAAUUUUAUACAUUAGAGUGACACUUCAGCACUUCCUAAAGUGAGUCAGCUUAGAUCACAAUCAACUAUUUUGUGAAAAGUCUAUCACUACUUUUUUUAUUUGUUGUUGGUUAUAUUUUUAACAAAAAGAGGAAAGAUUGCUUUACAGAUCUUGCCAUGAAUUAUAACAGUCAGCUGAUGUUGUCAGCUGUAGAGUAACAAAUAGCAUUUUAAUGUAGAACCGUCUGGCCAUACGGGUGAAUAUCGGUGUCAACUUAGAUAGAAUAGCUGAGUGCUUUUUUUUACUUUAAGAUGUUCCAGACAUAUUACAAACGUGCCCUUUAGAAACAGAUUCAACUACUAAAUGUUUUCAUAGGUUUCCUGAGCUCACCACUUUCUAACACUAUGUUUGCCUGUAUAUUUUUAUGAUCUUUAAGUAUAUCUGUGCUUUGUUUUUGUUUGGUUUGUUGUUUAUCAAAUUUUGUUAAAUGAAUUUAAGCAUCUGGAUAUUUUAUGGCUUAGCGCUGAGCCUUUUUUGUGUCAUCAAUGACAGCCAUGCAUAGCAAACGCUUUCUAAAAUAUUAACCUGAGUUACACUAAAAACUGUAAAUGUAAAUAUCUGCAGUACCAUCAGAGAAACUGAAUUGACCUUUUAUGAACUAUACCGUCCUUUUCUGUAGUAGUUUAUCUAGUUUGUGUACACUGUGAAAGUUAACAUUACCUCGUUUUCCUCUAUUGUUGGGUAGUUAAUGACAAUUUGCAAUAGAGAUUUUGAUAUGUUUGUAACCUUAUUCUGCUGUGUUCGGUAAUGCUGUUAUGAGGAAGUCACCAUUCCUUCAGUUUAUUUCUCACACUAAUAUAAACACCAAUUGACAAAGCCAAGAGAUCGCUCUCAUUUUCUAUACAAAUCUAUGGCGAACAGUUGUUACGUUCUGCUUGCGGGCUCUUUUUUUAUUACAUUUUUAAGAAAAUCUGUAUUUUAUUGUUUAUUUAUUUUGAGUUUUAUUGUGAAUAUAUGCUUCUUGUUUUACUUUUUCAUAGAAACUGAUCAAACCAGGAGUUCUCUGACUUUAUUAUUUUAAUGUGUAAACCUCAGAUCGUUUUUGUAAAGGCCUUUUUUACGUUUGACUUAUUCAGACCUGUUAAAGCCAUGUCAGGUGUAACCAUUUAGCAUUAAAGCACCAGAGACUGUUUAGUUAAUGUGCUUUAUCUAGCAUUGCUUAGACAAUGUACUGUACUACUAUGUAUUGGAUAAACAUAGGAAUCUUAACAUUGAAUUGAAAAACAAAGCUCAGAAGCUUUUAGUUAAUAUACACACUGACUAUCCCAUAAAUAUGCCAAUGAAAAUACGGGAAGAAUUCGGCAGUUUUAUACAAACGUUCCACAGAUCUAACUCAGCAUGUUUAUGGUGCAUGUGUUUCCAAAAAUAAUAAAUGUAAUGUGAACAUG